AUGGAGGGUGCGGAGAGCUGCGGCAAGAGCGUGACGACUGAGGAGGAGGUGGUGAAGCCGGAGUACGAGCAGGGAGAGGUGAUGAUGAUGCAGGAGCAGGGCGGAGGUGCUGCGGCGGCGGCGGCGGAGGAAGCCAUGGCGCCGGCCCAGAUCGACGUGAGGAUGGACGUGGCUCUGCUCCACUGCCAGGCCUGCCUCCUCCCCCUCAAGCCCCCCGUGUUCAAGUGCGAGGCCGCCGGGCACGUGGUGUGCUGCUUCUGCCGCGCCGGCCACGCGGGGCUCUGCAGCCGCGCCAGCGCCCACUGCGGCGAGCUCGACGCCGUCGUCGGCGCCGUCAAGGUGCCCUGCCCCUACAGGGCGUUCGGCUGCGAGCGCUACCUGGUGUACCACGACGCCGCGGACCACCAGCGCGCGUGCCGGUGCGCGCCCUGCUCCUGCCCGGAGCCCGGCUGCGUCUUCGUGGGCUCCCGCGCCAUGCUCCUCGGCCACUUCGCCGCCGGCCACCAGCGCCCCGCCGUCACGGUCCGCUACGGCCGGGCCUGGAACCUGAGCCUCUCCCUGGCGCACCGCUGGCACGCGCUCGUCGGGGACGAGGACCGCAGCGUGUUCCUCGUGUCCCUCGGCCCGCUCGGCGCGGCCACCGCCGUGUCGCUGCUCUGCGUCCGGCCGGACGGCGAGGCCGGGGCGGCGCCCCGGUUCCGGUGCAAGCUCUCCGUGGAGCGCCCGGCGGGCGACGGCAAGGACAACCUGGUCCUCAUGGCCUCGGCGGUGAGCAGCAGCGCGCUGUCCACCGGCGCGCCGGCGCCGGGGCAGGGGAUGUUCUUGGCGGUGCCUAAGGAGCUGAUCUCCGGCGACACGCUCACGCUCAGCAUCCGGAUUGAUCUGAUCCAGCCUGCUGCUGCCGCUGCCGGCGGCGCUCCCAAGUCGGCAACACCGCAGGCCAGGACUCCGAGGAGGAUGCAGUGA